CCUUCAUUUAUGUAUCAUGAAUUCUUCUCAUAAAAUACGUGCAGUGAAGCAUGCUACUGCGUUGAUGCAUUUUCCGUACUUAAGCCUUUAGUACGAAAAAGGAGUGUGGGCUACCCUCUGGGAAAUUUGUUGACUUGCAUGUUGCAGUUUUAUUUAUCUGCUUUUCAAAAAGUUGCGGUGCCAUUCUGAAUCUGUUUUCUUGCAGCAUAAGUAAUUGAAAUCCAUACACUGCUUAAACAAACCUCAGUCCUUUAGUGUGUGGUUAAUAUUGGGUUGUCAGACUAAUGUUAAAUUUUGCAUGCCUGCAACAAAUCAGGGGAUUUGGUGUGUGAGUUGAGGAUCUUUUCAAGUAAGUGUAUUUUAUGACUGCAUUGAAGCAUUUCCUUUUGUAUUCAUGUUCAUUUUUGAAAGCGAGGCAUCAGCUCAUUGCCUUAAGUACUCUUGAAGAAUCCUCCCGUAUUUCUUAGCUUUCAAGAUUUAAAUUUAGUAUUGAGAGGUAAAGUUAAGAUCUCCUUUGCAUUAAAUUGUGAGAGAAAAAGCAACCUUGUUUCAGAAGCCUCUUGCCACUGCCACACUCCCCCCCCCCCCGCCACCAAACACACGGGUGGGUGCAUUUUUUGCUCAGCCAAAAGUUUUUAGUGUAACGCUGCAUUAAAAAACCCUCCCAGAGAUAUUUUCCCUCUUGGAAAUGAAAAAAGCAAAAGCAUAAUGGCAUCACAGUUUUUAAAGAAAAACUGCAAUGUGGCAAUUAUGGUAAAGAGCAGCAGCACAAUUUUAAUGCUUACCUGAAAGGAAAAGACUAGAUUAUUUACCAUAUAAAUUUCUCAACCCACACAGAAUUUGCAAUCCUCCUGUGUAUUAUGGAAGCCUUUACAGGUAUUUGUAUGCUGGUGGGUUUGCCUGAACGUUGUUCAUGAAAUUGUUACUUUAUUCCUGCCUAACUAAGGCAUGCUGUAUAAAGUCAUCAGAACAGGACAGAAGGGGGGGAAAUGAAAAUGAAAAAGUAGUUCGGGUGGUGGUGGGGAGGUUAACGCAGUUAUACUUGGAACUAUUGCAGGCACUCACCUAUGGUUGCAAAAAUGGGGUAGGAAGGAAAGAUGGGGGAGAAUCUGUUUAAGAGAGGAAAAGGAAAUUUGAGAAUUGAUUGGUGGUAGUGUGCUGUAAGUGGGUGGAUUUUUCCCCCUACAGGAAGUGAUUUGCAGCGUUCACUGAGCCUUUUGUUGAAAAGGGUCCUUCUCAUUUGUGUGAGUCAUGCUUCUGCUGUGAGAGACUUGGCAGCUCUGAGCAGGACUGGGAUCGUUCUCUUGCACAGAAAACUAUCGCUGCACCCAGCUUGACCAUGGAACCUUAAGCAAAAAUCCCUUUAAAAAAUUCAUAGCAAUUUAAAAAUUAUUAUUAUCUUGCCCCAUUGCCAAAUGUGCACCAUCCAUCGCUGAUAUUCUGGAUCACCUGCUAUGUUAGCACAGGAGUUCCCUGGUUUGUCAGAACAUAUGCAAGGUUCGUGAUAGAAGGGAAUGCUUCAACGUACCAAAUAUAACCGCUUCAGGAAUGAUUCGGUGACAUCGGUUGACGAUCUUAUCCAUAACUUGUCCAUGAACAGCAAGGUCUCAUCAAUUGGUCCAACGUCAACACCAUCACCGUACCUGGUCUCUCCUGAGGUUCUCCAGAAGGACCAAGAUGAUCCCACCGCCAUUUGCACUCUCAUGCACAAAGUGUCCCACCUGAAACUCUCCCAUUCAGGCAGCCUUUCGGGCAUCAAGAACCUCUCGUCUGCAGUGAAGGAGCUUGCUGCCUCCAAGUUGCAGGGGAGCUCGGCAGCAGAGGCUUCAGACAACACAUGUAACCUUGCCUCUGCCACUCCAUCUUCUCAGCAGGACAAGAGCAAGAUGAACACAGGGAAAAAAACAUGGUCAGAGGAAAUGAACCUGGGAGGCGAAGACUGGAAUCAAGGGAGCAACAUUGCCAGCAAAGUCUCCCAAGGGUGGCUGCAUUCGAACGAGAAGAUCCUGGGACCUGGAGUGACGUACAUUGUGAAGUAUUUGGGAUGUAUAGAGGUAUUGCGUUCCAUGAGAUCCCUUGACUUCAAUACUAGAACACAGAUUACAAGGGAAGCGAUCAGCCUUGUUUGCGAUGCUGUGCCGGCAGCCAAAGGAGCCUUUAAAAAAAGAAAGCCGCCGAGUAAAGCCCUCUCUAGUAUCUUGGGGAGGAGCAACCUUCAAUUCGCAGGAAUGAGCAUUACUCUGAAUAUCUCUACCACCAGCUUAAACCUGAUGACGCCUGAUUCCAGACAGAUUAUAGCAAACCAUCAUAUGCAGUCUAUUUCCUUUGCGUCUGGAGUCGAUGUGGAUACAACAGACUAUGUCGCCUAUGUAGCUAAGGACCCUGUGAAUCGCAGAGCGUGUCAUAUCCUGGAGUGCUCUGAUGGCCUGGCCCAGGAUAUUAUCAGCAGUAUAGGACAAGCAUUUGAACUGCGUUUUAAGCAAUAUUUGCAAUGCCCCUCAAAGAUCCCGGCUCUUCAUGAUAGGAUGCAAAGUUUGGAUGAACUUUGGAUGGAAGAAGAUGUUGAGGCAGCAGCAGAGCAUCCAUAUUACAACAACAUUCCUAACAAAAUACCUCCGACUGGGGGCCUGGUUGAUGCAAGGCUCAGAGCCAAGCUCCCCUCUGUGUCAGAUCCUACUCAGUCUGCAUCCGCAAUGGGAAGAGAGCAAACAUACUACCAGAGCCAAUACGUAAGGGACCUAUUUGGCGAAGAUCAACAACAGCGACCCAGUAGGCAAGGCUCUUUGGACAUUUACAGCCUGCCGGAAGGAAAAUCUAAUGUAACCCCACCAGGAGAGGUAGCGGCCUAUGUGAAUACGCAACACAUAAAUAUGGAAAUCCUUCAGGCUCUUCAGGCAGAUGCUGAAAACCUCUUUAGUGGAACAACAGAAAGUACCAAAGACAGCAGCCCAGAAAAAGAUCUUUUUGACAUGAGCCCCUUUGAAGAUGCUCUCAAGAACCAAACCCCUGGGCCCAUUUUGAACAAGGCUACCUCCGUUGAAUGUACCAGCCCACUUCUUUCCAGAGCAGAAGGUGCGGCAGCAGAACUGAGCACAGAACCCUGGUAUCAAGGGGAGAUGAGCAGGAAAGAAGCCGAACAGCUCUUAAAGAAAUGCGGAGACUUCCUGGUUAGGAAAAGCACCUCCAAUCCAGGCUCGUACGUGCUGACUGGGUUACACAAUGGACAAGCCAAGCACCUUCUCUUGGUGGAUCCCGAAGGAACUGUUCGUACAAAGGACCGCAUAUUUGACAGCAUCAACCACCUCAUCAACCACCACCUGGAGAACAAUUUGCCGAUUGUUUCUUCCGGGAGUGAACUUUGUCUCCAUCAGCCGGCAGAGAAAAAACAGUGACUCCACCCCCACCUCAUGGCAAAAUAUGUAGCUGUGUCGCUCACAAGCCACAGUCAGAAAGGAACUGCAAACCUUUGUCUGUAGAAAAAGAAUAUCACCAGUUUACGUUUUCUGUAGGUUAAAGAAAUGCCAUUCUGCGUGGUGCCAAGACGAAGAACAUUCUUGUGGCUUUUCAGAGUCGGUAAAGAAUAGCAAAAGUAGCAGGUGGAUGGGUUUUCUUCAAAACAUGUAAUCAAAGUGUUCCUGAUUCCUUAAUAUGAAUAUUGACCGUGUACAUACACACACAUUCUAUAGAAAUACGGUAGAUAUUUAUAUUUUUGAAGUCAGUCUGCUGAAGAUAAUGGGCCAAAAAAGAAAAGAAAAGCAUUUUUAACUGAAGAUACAAGAAAUGAGUGGUUGUCUAGAUUAAACAAUACUUACAUCCGGUCUUGUUUCCCUGAGAAAAUUGAUACAGGAAAUCUCAAAGGUAGUUUUAUGAUAAAAUAAGCACAAUAACAGAGAGAAAACAGACAAGAUCCAAUGAUUAAAUGGUGAGUGAUGUAACAUGAAUCAAUGAGCUAAUAUUUCAACAGGAAAAGUUAGCUUGAAGCAACUUUUCAAAGCAUAAUUCAUUGUCUCUUAAGUACAAAAGCAUUUUUUCUCUCUCUUUCUGAUGUCCCACUUAAAUUCUUAUAUAAAUGGCUACUCCAAAUUGUUUGUAACUUGUUUUGGCUUUGACUUGGUGUGAUCUCUCUGUGUAUGAGGUAUAUGCAUUGAUUUUUCUAAUAAUAUACCUUAAGGUACAACUUUGAUUUAUUAAAUACAGUGUUCGGUAUUAA